CCAAAUCUGACAUUUUUAAUGUUCUUUUUAACCUUCGGUUUCAAUUCUUCAUUUCGUUUACGUUUUCGAGUCAAUAAAACGAUCCAUGUGAUUUUCCAGUUCCAGUUGGGGCCGAUUUCUGAACUUCUCUGUUUAAAUCUUUGGACCUUUCAAGCGGCAAAGAAAUUUCCAUGGAAGAAAGCAAAACAAUGUAUCCAAGGGUGAAAGUGAGAGAAGAGAAAGAAGAAGAUGAGGAGUUUGUUGUAGAUGAGGGUAACUCUUUUGUACAAGAGAAGUGCUCCUUGCCCUUGUUCAGGAUUUUAGAAUCUGUCUCUUUAGAGGAGCACUCUUUGCCUGGAAUUUCUUCACCGAUCGAUGGAGGGAAGGAGUCUCAAUAUGUUUUCUCACCAUCAUUUGCAAGAGUCCUAGUCGAGGCAGCACCCUCAAUAUCCAUGUCUAAAGGAGGGAAGAACAAUAAAGAAAUUGAUGAAGAAACCAGAAUAAGAGCUAGUUCAGUUCCACGUCCCCGUGCUGUCAUAUCUAGUCCUGAUAACGAUUGGAUGAUUGGAAGUAGAAACCGCUUAGCAAGUGAGAGAUCUUCAAACCUGAAAAAGUGUAGUUUGGACCAAAAGUCACCAGCCCAAGUUAAGGUCAACUGCAUCAAAGCAGCAACUCACAUGAGCACAAGAAAAGGGUCACAUGAGUCUGGUGAUCGUAAGAAUCGCCUUAAUGAAAAGAAAGGUCCACAGCUAACAGUUCCAAAUCAGAAAACAUAUCUUCGAAAAGGGAAGCCAAGCUUGGUGGCAAUUUAAAUGUUUUUUUUAUAAUUUUAAGUGGAUCAGCUUACCCUCAACCAAAUUAUGGUUGGAUUAUAAUGGUAAUGGUGCAGAUUUUGCUCUCAAUUUUCGUAUGGCAUAAUUAUGGCU